GGCCAGGAGAUGUACGCGCCGCACUCCAUCCGCCUGGAGGGGGACAUCACCUUGGGCGGCCUCUUCCCCGUCCACGCCCGGGGACCCAGCGGCGCGCCUUGCGGGGACAUCCAGCAGCAGGACGGCGUCCACCGCUUGGAGGCCAUGCUCUAUGCCCUGGACCAGAUCAACAGCGACCCCGAGCUGCUGCCCAACGUCACCCUGGGCGCCCGCAUCUUGGACACCUGCUCCCGAGACACCUACGCGCUGGAGCAGUCGCUCACCUUCGUCCAGGCGCUCAUCCAGAAGGACACCUCCGACGUGCGUUGCACUAACGGCGAGCCGCCCGUCUUCGUCAAACCCGAAAAGGUGCUGGGAGUCAUCGGCGCCUCGGCCAGCUCCGUCUCCAUUAUGGUGGCCAACAUCCUCAGGCUCUUCCAGAUACCCCAAAUCAGUUAUGCUUCAACUGCACCAGAGUUAAGUGAUGACCGGCGCUACGAUUUCUUCUCACGGGUUGUUCCUCCAGAUUCCUUCCAAGCACAGGCAAUGGUGGACAUUGUGAGAGCUUUGGGAUGGAACUAUGUUUCCACCUUGGCUUCUGAAGGCAGCUAUGGUGAAAAAGGCAUGGAAUCCUUUAUACAAAUUUCCAGAGAGUCAGGUGAUCUCUGCAUUGCCCAGUCAUUGAAAAUCCCACAGGAUCGCAAAAACAAGACCUACGAAUUUGAUAAAAUUAUCAAGCUGCUUCUAGAUACACCCAGAGCCAGGGCUAUCAUUGUCUUUGCCUACGAUGAGGAUAUAAAACAAAUCCUCACAGCAGCAAAAAGAGCUGAUCAAAUUGGUCAUUUUCUGUGGGUGGCUUCAGACACUUGGGGUUCCAAAAUGUCUCCAGUAAUUCAACAAGAAGAUGUUGCAGAGGGAGCAAUCACCAUCCUGCCUAAGCGGGCAACCAUUGAAGGAUUUGAUACCUAUUUUACAUCCCGCACAUUGGAAAACAACAGAAGAAAUGUAUGGUUUGCAGAAUACUGGGAAGAAAACUUCAACUGCAAGUUAACAAUUAGUGGGUCAAAAAAGGAAGACACGGAUCGUAAAUGCACUGGACAGGAAAGGAUCGGAAAGGAUUCCCACUAUGAACAGGAAGGUAGAGUGCAGUUUGUGAUUGAUGCUGUUUAUGCCAUGGCUCAUGCUCUCCAUCAGAUGAACAAGGAUCUGUGCAGUGAUUAUUCUGGGAUCUGCCCAGAGAUGGAACAUGCAGGAGGCAAGAAGCUAUUGAGAUAUAUACGCAAUGUUAACUUCAAUGGUAGUGCUGGCACUCCAGUGAUGUUUAAUAAGAAUGGUGAUGCACCAGGACGUUAUGACAUCUUUCAAUAUCAAACUACAAAUACCUCCACACCAGGCUACCAUCUGAUAGGCCAAUGGACAGAUGAUCUACAGCUCAAUGUGGAUGAAAUGCAGUGGGGCAAAGGAGUGAAGAAAACCCCUUCUUCAGUCUGCAGUCUUCCCUGUAAACCAGGAGAACGAAAAAGGAUUAUGAAAGGGAUGAGCUGCUGCUGGCAGUGUGAACUGUGUGAUGGUUACCAAUACCAGUUUGAUGAAGUGAGCUGCAAGCUGUGCUCCUACAGUCAACGGCCAAAUGAGAACCGCACAGGAUGUAGCCCUAUCCCUAUUGUAAAGUUGGAGUGGCAUUCACCCUGGGCGGUCAUCCCAGUCUUUCUCGCCAUGCUUGGAAUUAUUGCCACCAUAUUCGUCAUGGCAACCUUCAUUCGAUAUAAUGAUACUCCCAUUGUGAGGGCUUCUGGAAGGGAACUUAGCUAUGUUUUAUUGACAGGAAUAUUUCUGUGUUAUAUCAUCACUUUCUUGAUGAUUGCCAAGCCAGAUGUUGCCGUGUGUUCUUUCCGGCGCAUCUUCCUGGGAUUGGGAAUGUGCAUAAGCUAUGCCGCUCUGUUGACUAAAACAAACCGUAUCUAUCGCAUAUUUGAACAGGGUAAAAAAUCAGUGACAGCUCCUAGGCUUAUUAGCCCAACAUCACAAUUAGCAAUCACAUCAAGUUUGAUAUCAGUACAACUACUUGGAGUUUUCAUUUGGUUUGCUGUUGAUCCACCAAACAGUAUUAUAGAUUAUGAUGAACAUAAAUCUAUGGAGCCAGAUCAAGCCAGAGGCGUUCUCAAAUGUGACAUUACGGAUCUACAAAUAAUAUGCUCUUUGGGGUAUAGCAUUCUACUAAUGGUUACAUGCACUGUUUAUGCCAUCAAGACUCGGGGUGUCCCAGAGAAUUUUAAUGAAGCCAAACCCAUUGGAUUCACUAUGUACACUACAUGUAUAGUAUGGCUUGCCUUCAUUCCAAUAUUUUUUUGCACUUCCCAAGCAGCUGAAAAGGUCUAUGUACAAACCACCACCCUUACAAUAUCUAUGAACUUAAGUGCUUCAGUGGCUCUGGGGAUGCUUUACAUGCCGAAAGUUUACAUCAUCAUCUUCCAUCCUGAACUAAAUGUCCAAAAGCGGAAACGCAGCUUCAAAGCAGUAGUGACAGCAGCCACCAUGUCGUCACGAUUAUCACACAAAACUAGCGACAGGCCCAACGGGGAAGCAAAAACAGAACUUUGUGAAAAUGUAGAUCCAAACAACUGCAUACCACCUGUAAGAAAAAGUGUUCAAAAAUCUGUUACUUGGUACACUAUUCCACCUACAGUAUAG